CAAUCGUGCACUGCUUUGUAUCUUCCUCACAGUAGAACACCAUCAGGUCCUCGACCGCACCACCAGCUGAGGGGUCGCACAACGGCAAUCAUACUGGAGCUAUAAACCCAAAUCAACGGGGUUUCCCGUUUAAAGCACUGCAUUCACCAGACUUCGGAUUAGCGAAGUGAGACCAGUCACUCCAGCUAACUGAACCGUUGUUGCCGGCAGCCACCGUUUGGGGAAAAAAAAAAGUCACUGAAUCAGGAAGCAAAAUGGUGCAGAACAAGAUUGCAGCCGUAACCGGAUUCCAUCGCUCUUUCAAGGGCCAAAACCCUUUCGAAACGGACGAAUUCUCCAAAACCGGAUCCCACCUUCUCGAUCCCGCCUUCAGUUUUGAUUGCUCCACUCGCCCUGACAUGCCAUCCAGCCAGCCGAUCGACAUUCCCGACGCCAAGAAGCGAAACAAGAAGAAAAAGAGGUGCCGGGCAACAGACAGCUUCUCUGGACGGUUUGAGGAUGUCUAUAAGCUACAGGAUGAAUUGUUGGGAGAAGGAGCGUACGCUAAAGUGCAAACCUGCAUCAGUCAGAUCACGCAGAAGGAAUACGCCGUGAAGAUCAUAGAGAAAAGACCGGGACACAGUCGCAGUCGUGUAUUCAGGGAGGUGGAAAUGCUGUAUCAGUGCCAGGGCCACAGAAACAUCCUGGAGCUUGUGGAGUUUUUUGAGGAAGAGGAUAAGUUUUAUCUGGUGUUUGAGAAGCUGAGAGGAGGCUCCGUCUUGAACCACAUUCACAGAAGGAGACAUUUCAGCGAACAGGAAGCGAGCAUUGUGGUGCAGGACAUCGCAAGCGCUCUGGACUUUCUGCACAACAAAGGAAUGGCCCACAGAGACCUUAAGCCAGAAAACAUCUUAUGUGAACAUGAAGACAGGAUUUCACCAGUGAAAAUUUGUGAUUUCGACCUGGGCAGUGGAAUCAAACUGAACAGCGACAGUUCUCCCAUCUCCACCCCAGAGCUCCUCACACCGUGCGGUUCUGCCGAAUACAUGGCGCCCGAGGUGGUGGAGGCGUUUAACGAGGAAGCCACCAUCUACGAUAAACGCUGCGACCUGUGGAGCCUGGGCGUCAUCCUGUACAUCAUGCUGAGUGGAUAUCCUCCCUUUGUGGGCCGCUGUGGAAGCGACUGUGGCUGGGAGAAUGGGGAGCCUUGUCACGCGUGCCAAAACACACUGUUUGAGAGUAUCCAGGAGGGCAAAUACGAGUUUCCUGAGAAAGAGUGGGCUCAUAUCUCCUGGGGUGCCAAAGACCUCAUCUCCAGACUGUUGGUCCGGGACGCAAAGAACCGGCUCAGUGCAUCUCAGGUUCUGCAGCACCCAUGGCUACGAGGGGGUGCUCCUGCUUCUAUCCCAGCCUCCAUCCUGCUUCAGAGAAACAGCAGCGCCAAGGACCUGACGUUCUUCGCCGGACAGGCGAUGGCUGUGAAUCGGCAGCUCGCCGAGCAGGAUGACCUCGACGCGCAGCGGCAGGACGAGGCGUCUCCUCAGGUAGUGACGGCGGGCGCGUGCUCUAUGCGUCUCUCGCCACCAUCCAACUCCAAACUAGCCAAACGGAGGCAGAGGAGCAGCGCCAUAAAGGGGGCGCCGGUGUCUGCGGCCGAGCUCAGCCAGCUCCUCGCACCGCUUGUCCUUAUCGGAGAUUGCGCCUGAGAGACAUUUCAGUUCCACUCAACCUGCUGGACAGUUGUCGAGGAAAUUAUUCUUAUUAUUAUUAUUUUUUUAAAUAAAUCUCUGCUGCCCCCUGGUUCAAGCGUCCCUCUGUCUAUCUGUACGUCUCCCUCAUUAAAGGAUUUCAUCAUCUAAGAAAUUUUUGGGAGAUGCAAUUCCUGUAUGCAAAAUGAGGCUCAUCCCGAACCCUGUCGCAGCGUCGCUCCCUCCUUUUGUUCAUCCUCAGGCUCCUCCAGCACUUCUGUCAGCACCCAGCAGCAGGGUUCGGGACAGAUAAGAUAAACAGAGGAAUCCUUUUUUUUUUUUUUUUUUUUUCCCCCCCAUUUAAAUCAUCUAAUAGGCAGAACAAUUUGAAGCCAGCCGCUCAAGACACCAAAGGACUACAACACCCACAGAAACCCCUCCCCUUUCCUCAGCUGCUUCCACUUUUACAACUGGAUUCACUGUGAAUUAUUUUAUUUUUUUUUUAUUCUUUUUCUUCUUUUUUCUCAAUGAGAAGACUUUCUGCCUCCUGUACGUGUGUACGAGUCCAGACAUCCCCAUCGUCAGUACUAAGAUUCGCACGCUUUAUGCAAUUCCUAAUGACUUCUCUGGUCAUUUUGUCAGACUUCUGGGAGAUCUUUCUGUGCUGCCAGUGCCUCAGCGCUCCUCGCCUCGCCUCACCUCCAUUAGUGUUCCAAAGCCAAUGAAUUCCUGUCAUCAGCAGACAAAACCCCAGACAUGUAUCGUAAUACAGCAUUAAACUCGUCGUCUGGUAUUCAGGAUCGGCCUCUUUACCAAAUUAACGAAAGCACUAAACGUUUUUCUCGGAGUGUUACAAAAUGUUUCAAAUCUGUGCCCGAGUUCUCGCAAAUACAUCCGACCGCAUUUUCUCCAAAAGUGCACUUUGAGAACUCUUUGGAACGUCUUCACGUAACUCGGGAGCCUACUUAAGUUCCCCCCCCCCCCUCGAAUAAUUUAAAAGCCGUUUAACUUCUCAGAUUUGUCUUCUGUUGAAGACGUGAAGGUUUAAUUGGCACACAGGAAAUCCCCACCAUCUAAAGUCGACCACAAUGUCAGGAGAUUGUAGAGAUCAGCACAACAAAGGGGGUUAGUCUUUAAGCGCACACGGCAGGACGAUCACGCGGUUAUGCAAGCACAGGUUUGUUUACGUGACUAAACGUUCUCCAGCUGCUCAUGGAACAAGGCUUUCACUUCAGUUUGGUACCGACGCCACGGUCCGAUGGCGCGGCGAUGUAGAAAACCGUCGCCAAAUUAGUACGACAUUUAAGACCCAUUACAACGACGGGGAGAGAUUCGUUUGUCAUAAUGUUAACAAUUUAAAAAAAAUGUAAAAAAAAAAAUGGAAAUGCAUUCCAGAAAAAAAAAUCAGUCAGAAAAUAUUAAAAAAAAAAGUCUUCCAUGGCAAAGUAGCUGUAUGAAUCUUUUUUUUUUUUUUUUUUUUUUUUUUUUUUUGUGCAUAACUCCAUUUGAAUAUUUAAACUGUGCCACACUGAUGUUUUAAGCUUUUUAUUUUUAUUAUUACUGUUGUUAUUGUAUCUUCAUCUUCAAGCAGGUGCUGUUCUAACGUUCAGGUGAAACACCGUUUUUUUUUUUUUGCUUCGUUUCCUCACCCGAAUAUAUUGUUUUUUUCUUCUUCUUUUUUUUUUUAUUAUUUUUUUAUUUUUAUUUUUUUAUAUAUUAGCUCAUUUAAGUAUUCAUGUGCGAUAUCGCAGGAGCAGAUGAUGCUGUAUAAAAACGUGAAAGAUUUAAAAAAAGGAAAAAACAAACAAUAAUAUUGAAGUGAGAAAAGAAAAGGCAACGUUUUACUACUUUCAGUGUUUUUCAUAAGAGGCGGACAAAUCCUAAGUCGAUUGACUUAACGAGCCCAAACAGACACUCAGACCUGACGUAUGAGGUUAAAAAGUGAGACGUAGCGUAAUAAUGUGUUGAUCCAGCUAGACAGACGAGUGCAUUAAUACAGAAACAAAAAAAAAGUAAUAAUGCAGACGAGCAAGACGUUGGACGACACCGUCUUGUCUACCGAGCUCCAUCAGACUCUGAUUAAAAACAAACAAAACCAAUAAUUAGAGAUUUGUCCACCUCAGGCCUUGUUAGUAAUUUUGUCUACUUCAGGUUAGUUUGCUUCAUGUUUUUUUUUUUUGUUUUUGUUUUUGUUUUUGCGUCGUUUGUUUGUUUAAUCCCAAAUAAGUUUGUGACACGGAGCACAGGAUUGUGCUUGAGGGACGUUUGGCAAAGAAAGUGCAUCAUGCGAGUCUUAGACGUACGUGUCCACAUUAGUAGAUUAGUGGAACUUGUUUGAUGGGUUGUACCUGUUUUCAGGCGUUAAUGUCAACGAGAAGGUUAAAAAAAAGAAAAACAGUCCACGCACCAUAUAACAACCCUGUCGAAUGUUAAUCGAGCGCCGCUUCCGCUCGCUCGACGGUGCGUCGCUUUUUCUUUCGUAGGUCGCAAAAACGACACAAACGGCACUCGAGCCUAUUAGUUCAGAAUAGGACACUGAUUGUAAUUUUUUUAUAUAUAUAUAUUUCUACAUUUGCAUCUUUUGUGGAGGUUUUAUGUCUUAUAGUAAGACUUACUUGAAUUGUAUAUGCAGCGGUUUUCUCACAUUUUGCUCGGGAAACUACCUUUAUACAGACACACACACACACACACACACACACAAAGCUGUUCUUGACAUGAGGCAAUCGCUUUGGUUUGGAGAAUCAUUUCGAACUCUCGUCGAAUCAGUAUUUAUCUCGACUUUACGUCCUCAUCCUGUUUUCACUGCAGAGACACCGGACGUUGGUUUUGUUCUCAAACAUUAAAAAAAAAACAAAUGGAAAAAAAAAAAAACGUGGCUCGUAUUCGGGACGCCCGCCAGCGUCUGUGACGAGAUCCACCGCUGUUUCUUUCUUUCUUUCUUUUUUUUUUUUUUUUUUUUUUUUUAAUUUAAAAAAAAAAAAUUCCCCACCUAGAAAUGAACGACUGCCUCAUAUUAAAGAGUCGGGGAUGAGUUUUAAACCUCACGUUUCUUUCUUCCGUUGGUUUUGUUGUGUAAAAGGUUGGAAGAACAGCCUGGUUACUUGUAGCAGUGGGAUGUUGGAUUACAACCUUAUUUCCCAAGUGAAUUAUUAUUAUUAUUAUUUUUAUGAUAUAUAUUUUUUUUAUUAUUAUUAUUGCUACAAUAAGGGUUGAGAUGCUUUUAUUUUUUUCUCUGUUCGAACGUUUUUCAUGUUAAUGUGACCUGAAGGUUGAAAAACUCUUGUGUAUUCAGCACUGUCUGAUUUCCUGAUUUCUGAACCCGCCCCAUCACCCAAAUGACUCCUGGGAAGAAAAUCCAAACCGCAGGGUUAUUUCCACCAAGCGGGGUUUCUCGGUUAGCCGAGCGAGCGUCGUUCCUUAGGACUGUCCCCUGUCCUCUCCUUUCCUCUUCUCUUCUCUUCUCUUCUCUUCUCCUAAUGCUCAGUCUCGUAUAACCGAGAAAGCUCGCUUCCUGAAACGACCCGCAGGCCGGGGUUUCCUCCCAGGACGACGACAAACCGUAGAAGCACUUUACUGUACCACGUGGCUGAUUUCAGUUCACUCGAAGCAAGACAUGACAUGUUGUUGCAGGAUUUUGUAUUGUUUUCUAAUGAAAAGAAACAAUAAAACGCUUGGAACCACAAA